AUGCCGACAAACCAGCAGCGGCUCGCUCUCUUGGAGAAUGACAAAGUCCUCUACGAGGCGCCUUUGGUGGACGCCAACACGUCUGCCGGCUUUGCACCUGCGUACUUUGGCUUUUCGGCCAACGCCAACAUCUCUGGGUCCUACGUCUUCUGCAACUUCGGUAGCCCGGAAGACUUCGAGGCUCUCGUUGAGAGCAAUGUGAGCCUCGCCGGAAACAUCGGCAUCAUCAAGCUGGGUACUGCAACGCCAUAUGUGCGCGAGCAGAACUUGUCGUUGUUUCGUGCCCUCUCCGUGCACAACGCUGAGCAAGCGGGCAUGGUCGGUGUGGUCUUGUACACUGACCCCGGGAAUGACGGCCCUAUGAGGGAGAGUAACGGGUACAAGCCGUUCCCUGAUGGACCAGCGCGACCGCUCGAGGCCAUUGAAAGAGGAGGUUUUGGUAGUAUAGAGGAUUACAACAGCGGCGGACUACCUAAGAUUCCCUGCAUACCCAUGUCCUCUGUCGAUGCAAUCGAGCUCUUGAGCAAGCUGAACGGCCACGGCCCUCCAGCGAAGGAGCUCGGUGAUCGCUGGCAAGAGGGCGGGUUGGGGUUUUAUGGUGUCAACUACAAUGUCGGCCCAUCACCUCCCGAGCUCUCUCUGCACAUCGUCAACCACGCGGAUAUUCGGGCUACCCAGAUCCACAAUGUGAUCGGCACUAUUCCUGGCAAAGCAACUGACGAGGUCGUCAUCGUUGGCAACCACCGCGAUGCCUGGGGCCCUGGCGCCGGAGAUCCCGGCAGCGGCUCCGCUGCCCUCAACGAGGUCGUUCGCAGCUUUGGGGUAGCCCUCCAGCAGGGCUGGCAGCCGGAGCGCACCAUUGUCUUCGUAAGCUUCGAAGGAGAGGAGUUUCUCCAGGUUGGCUCCCUACUCUGGGUCACCAAGCACCUUGACUGGCUGCGCACCUCGGCCGUCGCAUAUCUCAACGUCGUCGUCGCGGCAUCCGGGAGCCAUUUCCACGCCAAGGCCAGCCCGCUCUUGUACUCCACGGUGCUCUCUGCCACCGACGCCGUACUGUCGCCAAAUCAAAGCUCACCUGGUCAGUCCGUACGAGAUGUGUGGGGAGGCAAGAUCGAUCCUGCCGGCAGCGGUGACGCAAACCGCUUCAUGUCCAUCCCCUGUGUGUCAACGAUCGACUUUGGAUUCACGCCCGCGUUGUUGGAGCCCGCCUUCCCUUACCACACUGGCUUCGAUAGCUUCGAAUGGAUGGACCAAGUCGGUGACCCGGGGUGGAAGUACCAUGUCACCAGUGCGAAGAUAUGGUCCCUCCUGGCGGCACACCUCGUAGAGCCCAAGGUGCUGAACGUGAGUGUCACCGAUUACGCGCUGGCAAUCCAUGGGUGGCUAGGGGAGCUCCAUGAUCGUGGCCUGUGGUCUCGAAAGGUUGAUCUCAAGGUCAUGACUGACGCAGUCGAGCGACUGCACGAGGCGGCCAGCCGUUUUGACGGCUUUGCCGGCUCCCUGGAAGGGUCUUCUCGGUGCGCAUGGUGGAAGUUCUGGGCCGGAUGCGGGCAGGACUCCGCCAUUAGUGCCGUGAACAAAGUCUACAUCGCAUUCGAACGCCAGUUCUACUACGGAAAGGGAAUGGACGGACACUCUGAUUGGCACCAUGUUGUCUUCACGCCGUCUGCCUGGCAUAACACGCCGCCACCUAUGGCCGGGCUCACCAAGAGUUUGCAGAAGGGAGACUGGAAGAACGCCCAGCGAUGGAGAGAUAUCCUGACAGAGAAGAUAAGCAAUGCGGCUUGUCUGCUGGAAGACCAUCUGGAACACGUGGAUACGCAAAACGCUCCUGGUUUCGUUAACUGGGUGCGGCAGACUUUCCGAUCAUAUAACUAUGAGCUCUAA